AUGCGCAUCGUCCUACGAUCGUUGCUCUUCAUCCUGGCGCUGUGUUGCCACGACUGGCCUUGGGGAAAGCCCCCAUGGGACCCCUUAUCAGGGUAUUGGGGGCCACAGGGGGUGCCCCCAAAGGGCCCACGCAGGGUUGCCCACACAGCGUCGUGGGGGGCCGAGGCGACUACCGGUUUCGAUGGCCGUUUCCUUGGCCGCAAAAUAGCGACCGAGGCUCUGCGCCAGACUGCAACGACGCGUCCUCCGGAAAGAAGUCCAAUUAAUGAUGAUGAUUUCUUGGAGGACGAGGAGCCUCUAGAGAUAUGGGGGGAUAUCGAUGACAGGAGCAUGAUCCUGUCGACUACCCCAUGCCCAUGCGCUGCUGCGCUGCGUCAGGCAUUUAACACUGCAUUGCGUGUAUUGGUAGAUCGUGGAGUUAGAAAUCAAUUACUUUUAAAGUAUAAAUUGCCUCUCUCGUUUGCAGUGGAGCUGCAGGGAGCAUAUCCUUCGUGGCCCAAGUUCAGUGAGCUGUACGAACACGACCUGCUGCGGGAGGUGCUAGAGCGGCGGGUGUUGAGGGUGGCGACUAUAUCGCGAGGUGUAGCACAAGAUCCUGCAAUGACAUCCUUUAAUAGUAGCUUUCUUCGUGAAAUAGUGGAUGAAAUCGAUUCUCAUUAUUCAGAAACAGAAGGCGUUGCAGAGAACAGCAGCGGGGGAAACAGCAGCAGGAGAGGCUCCUUGCCUAUUCAAAUUGAAUAUGUCUAUAAGGCAUCUGCUGCUGUGGCGCUGCAAGCACUAGAUGCAGGACAGGCACAUAUGACAGAUAUUAACAUGGUGUUAAGUCAAAACCCCUUUAAUGGAAUAACCAUGACUUCCCGUUACAGCAGAUCGGAUCAGGUCAUGACACAGUCAACUGUCGUCAUUGUAAGGAGUGACGCAAACAUAGCAAGUCUGCGCGCUCUUAGGAAUGCCAUUUUCCUUUCUUAUGAUCAAGAAGGCCGCACUGUCGUUGUAGACAGCCAUUGGAACCAUCAAAGUCUUUCUCGUGUCCUGCCUCCCUAUACUGUAUACGAGUUGCUAUCAGAAGGUGUGCCGGGCUCGCAGCUAGUAGAUGUACUACUCGAUGAUGAAGCUCUUGCAGCAACAGCACAAGUCCCGCUUCCCUGGCUGCACUACGGACUCCGUCAGUUCGUGGGGGGUGCAACGUAUGCCUUAGGUGCUCUCUUCUUGAUGGAUCGCCACGGCACCAAGUGCCCCACAGCAACCAGUGCGAAGUCUGGUGCUGCACCUGCUGCUGCUGCUGCUGCUGCUCCGCCGCAUACAGACUCAUUCACGAUGGAUAAACCUGGGGAAGACCCCGCACUCUCCUCUCUUCGUCGCGAACUUACCAAGAAGAGUGUUACAUUUCAGAAAUCGCGUUUCUAUAGCGGCCGCCGCAGGCCGCCUAUGUGGGACAGCAGUGGGCUUGCAGGAGAGGGCUCGUUAGGAACUUUUGAUAACGAGGAUUCUUAUCCUGCAACACCGGGUCCAUGGAGCACAGAGCCUUCUACUCCGGUUGGGGAAACGGAGUUGUUUGAUAGUUUAAAGGUGGAUUCUUUAGAUCCGCUUGCAUCAGGAAGGCGGUAUCUAAGGACACGAGCUCUUCAUGAUUCAUACAAUGCCGCUCUUGUGCAGCUGGUACAUACUUCGGUAUUGGAGAAUCUUAUAGAAGACCUGCAGGAAAUCAACAUCGUGCCCUUCUUUGAUUGCGGCGGCACAGUGCCAGGUUCCGUUUCCCGCAGCUUUCCACCUGCUAAUCGUAUACCCCCCGAUGAUGCACUCAUGGAUAUUUUAAGAACGGGUAUAGUUUUGGUGGGAAUGCCUGUGGAGCCCAAGGCAGCACUAACAAGCCCGGAGGUUCUCUACGUUCACCGUGCAACAGUUGAGGUGGUGGCGGCUAUAGGUGCGGAGUAUCGCGUACAGCUGCAGGUGCGCUUCAUACCUUUCCAGAGCACACAACAUGUGCUGCGAGCAUUGCAUCGGGGUUUAAUUCAUCUCGCAGAUGCCCGCGUUUUGUUUGAUUACAUUAGCCCACACGAACGGUUAGGUUUCCGUGUACGGCCAACGUGUGCGCUGGGAGCCGCGCGCCUGUGGAUGAUGACACAGAACAAAGAAGGACUUACUUCGUUAGAAGAACUUCACGAGACACUUGAAAAACUCCCUGAUACAAGCGAUAAGAGAGUCGCUGUAUUAGAACAGUACCUGCGCACCACCGUCUUCAGCGUCCUCCCCCCAGGGGUCGUUGUUGUUGUCCUAGGGGUAGAGGAAGCAGCAGAGGCGCUGCUUUCCCGCUCUGUUUUUGCUGUAUUCGGUAUGGCGACGCAGCAGCGGCGGUUGCUUCGAUCGUUUUUGAACUUAGAAAAGAAAAUGAUGGAUAGGGAGGAGCGUCCAUGGGAGAAGAAGACAGCAGACAGUGCCAGCAGCACGAGCCAGCAGCAGCAGCAGGAAGGCAAACAGGAAUUAUUGAAAGGGGAGUCGCCAUCAAGCUCUCCUGGCAGCAGAUCUCCUUCAGGUCCUUCUUCUCCUGAAGGCAGCAGCAGCCGUAUGCAUGCAGAUCGUUACGAGCUUGCUAGUGAUGAAGCCUCUGGGGGUUUCUCGUGGCCUGUUGUUGCACCUUCGUUACAAUACACAAAAGAUAUAUUUCAAGAGCUCAUGAAGGCAGAAGGACUCCCCGUAGAAACAACUGAAGCUCCUCAACAAACAACUUCCUCGUGGAUAGAUGUAGAUACCGGUGUUACUGCAGUCGUUCAUUCUUUCUUAGCAGCCUCCCUGCGCCCCCAGCGUCCAGCCCAGUAA